AGCUGGGUUUACUGGGACUCUUUUGGGUCAUACUUGGACUGAGUUUAUGUUCUAUGUGUUCUGUCAGGUGUUCAAUGAUCCCAUCCACGGGACGGUGGAGUUACACCCACUUCUCAUCAAAAUCAUCGACACACCUCAGUUCCAGAGACUGAGAAACAUCAAGCAGCUUGGAGGGGUCUACUUUGUUUACCCUGGAGCAUCCCACAACCGCUUUGAACACUCCAUUGGGGUGGCACACUUGGCAGGUCAACUUGUUGAAGCUCUGCGUACAAGGCAGCCGGAACUCAAAAUCAAUGACAGAGACGUCCUUUGUGUGAAGAUUGCUGGUCUCUGCCAUGACCUGGGACAUGGACCCUUUUCCCAUCUGUAUGAUCAAAUGUUCAUAACCAAAGCAAAACGUCCAGCAGGUGCACUAGGUGAAAAAAUGGCAACGUGGACGCAUGAAGAAGCCUCUGUAGAGAUGUUUGACCAUCUGGUGAAAUCUAAUAAUCUGGAGCUGGAGAUGGAGGACUAUGGUCUGAUUCUGCCCAAUGAUGUGAAUUUCAUCAAAAAGAUGAUUGAAGGACUGAAGGACCCUAAAGCAGCCCAGGUCAGUCCUGCCUGUUGGUCAGAGAUUGGUCGGACAGAGGACAAAUUCUUCCUCUUUGAAAUCGUGGCCAACAAAAGCAACGGCAUUGAUGUGGACAAGUUUGACUACUUUGCCAGGGACUGCUACCACCUGGGCAUGAAGAACAACUUUGACCAUCUCCGCUUCAUACAGUUAACCAGAGUGAUUAAAGUGGAAAAAGACGGGCUGAAUCACAUCUGCAGUAGAGACAAGGAGGUGGCCAAUCUGUAUGACAUGUUCUACACCAGGAACUGUAUCCACAGAAGAGCCUGCCAGCACAAAGUGAACAAGAUCAUGCAGUAUAUGAUUGCAGAGGCCUUUUUAAAAGCAGACGGGCAUAUCAAGAUUGAAGGCUUAGAAGGGAAAGAGUUCACUCUCUCCCCAGCCAUAAGUGACAUGGAGGCCUACACCAAGCUGACAGAUCAUGUGUUUGAACAAAUACUCCACUCUUCCUCCGUGGAGCUGGCUGAGGCAAAGAAGAUUCUAGAAAGGAUCAUCUCUCGAGAUCACUACAGGUUUCUGGGUGAAACCAAGCCUAGACAAGUCCCAACCAGGGAGAAGAUUCUCGGUUGGAAAGAGGAAUUGGAUCAAGCCAGACAGAAUGUUUGUCCUGAAGGUCAUAAUUUUGAUCCAAAACUCAACCCUUGCUCUAAAGACACGGCUGAGGCAUGUCAGAAACUAUCUAAAGCCAUCUCUCAAACCCUCGACAGCUUCCGAGAGUCAGGGAAACUUUCAGAGGAGAGGAAACGUCGUUGGGAAAGGGAAUUGGCUGAAGCCGUCCCUGAGGGAGGCGAUGGGGGUGUCACGCUGAAACCAGAGGACUUUGUAGUUUUAGACACUACUUUUGACUAUGGAAUGAAAGACAAGGACCCCAUUAAGAAUGUGUAUUUCUACAACAAGAUAAACCCUGACAAAGCAUUCAACAUCACCAGAGACCAGGUGUCCAAGCUUCUCCCAGCAUGCUUUUCUGAGCAGCUGAUCGGGGUUUACAGUAAGAAGAAUGAUGACCAGAGUGUGGAGGCUGCCAGGAUGCACCUGGAACAGUGGUGUAAACAGAAGGGCUUGCCAGAACCUCAGUAUGGAGAAAUUGAAACACCGGAAGUCAUCCCUGUGGGAAAUAUCCAGAACAAUUGA